AUGGCCGCCGUCGGAUAUCGAUGUCGUAAGUGCAGAUUUGUCCUUUUUGCGACGAAAGAUUUGUCCGACACUCAUACCCAGAAAGACCAAUGUCCAUCAUGGUAUCUAAGAGAGGACGAAGAGAUGCUCCCAUGGGUGCACGAUCUCAUCAACGAGUCUGGUUGGACAGAGGGUAAACUUUAUUGCCCAAAAUGCAAUAGCAGAAUUGGGGGAUUUGACUUUCUACAUGUGGUUCAGUGUGGGUGCUUAGAAAAUAUCAUUCCUGCCAUUUGGUGUCCUAAAAGCAGAGUUGAUAACAUUGUGAACCUUGAAAAUAGGAAUGGUGCUAUGAAAGGAAUGAGCAAAAAUGAAGACACUGGACAAAAUGUUGAUCAAGGUGUAUCAUCCUCAAAUAUAGAAAGCAGCUCUUCUACAAGAGCAGAUCACAUUGUUCAGCAAAAAGGCAGAAGUCCAGAUGAUGUGGAUUCAGAAUUUGGCACCAACCAAUGCUGCAAAAUGACAUUGGUCAGUGGAGCAUAUGGCAAUUGCAAAGAAGUAAAAGGCAGAUCUAAGGAUCAUUUUGUUGAAAAUUCAAGUGAAAAAUUUCAACACCCAAGCUUAGAAUCAUAUUCAGAUGAAACUGUAGAUCCAACUGACAGCUUAUACUUCUCUCAAAGUGCUGAAAGACAAAUGCCACCAAAACACGAUAACGGUUGUUUCAAAUAUGGGGACAGAAAACAUCGUAUGAAAACCAAUUCUUGUCCAAAAGAUGUUUGUAAUCACUGCUGCCAUUGUAGUGUCAAGCAUCGAGAAGACCAAGACAAUUCUGAUGAAAUGUUUUAUGCAACUGCAAAUACAUGUUGUGAAACUGUCAGUUGCAUUCAUGAAAGUAUAAAAGAAAUCAGAAGAGAGAUGGUUGACUUGUAUAACUUAAGGAGUAGUGAGCCUUGCCAAGCUGGUCACUGUAAGAAGAACAGAAGGAAAAUAAGGAGAAGAGGUAGAGGGAAAUGGCAAUUUGAGCAUGAUUACCUGGCUUCAUUAAAAGAUGUGAAGAAGGAAUCAGAAGUGAGAGAAAAUUCAACAGCUUUAAUUGCCAGUUCAAGCAGUAGGGCCAAGAGUAUUGAAAGUGAUGAAAAGGAAAUAUCAGACAGUGAGAUUCCAGACUGCUACAAAUGUGCUGUUUGUUUGAGCCUCCUUCAUGAACCACAAAAAACUCCAUGCCUUCAUGUAUUUUGUGGAAUUUGCUUGAAGCAACUUAACCAUGUUUCUCGUGGGAGACCAAAAUGUCCUUUAUGCAGAGAGCCAGUUCGUUAUGUUACAGCCGAGGAAGUAAUGGAAGCAGAGCUCCAGGUUUCCUUUCCAGUCAACUACAGGAAGAGAGUGAAAGAAGCAAAAAAGAAUAGGCAUAAAAACGCCGCUCUACCAUCACCACAAUCAACAAUGUUUGAUACUGUAGAUGAAUACGAAAACCAUCAGCCAACCAAUCGAUUGGUUCACCAUUUAAGUGUUAUUGCCAUCAUAAUAUCAAUAGUCAUUAACAGCCUUCUUAUGAAUGCACACGGUAACCCAUUGGCACGUGCUGAUCUGCAGAGGAAACUUGCCAUUCUUCUUUUAAUUGUCUUAGGCUGUAUGUUUGGUGCCUUGAUAUUUUUGUUUUUAAUUGUUUAUGCGUUUGACUUUGUAAAAAUUUCUUUGUUGUUAGUAGUAUCAUAUUUUGCAUUGACAAAGUUAGCAUUAAAUGCAUUUAUUCAAGAGUAAUUGUGUGUUAAACUGUUUUGUGUUAUAAAUGAGUUUACUUUCUGUUUUUUGGUUUGAAUUUAGCCUUGAAUUUUAUGGGCGUACAAUACCUUCAACAUAAUAAAAUUCUAAUGUCUUGUUCUAGGUUAAUAAAAAUACAGUCGUCACUUUGGGUUUAACAUGCUAAACAAAAAGUUCAUUCUAUGUUAUGAAUGCAAAAAGAAUCGGUAAUACGGACGUAAAACACUUUUCUCAAAAACCGGGAAAAGUUAAUGCAUACUUGAAUAAACUAGAAUACUUUGCAAAAGACAACUGAAAUAAAUGCUUGAUUUUUCAGAGCGCAAUGUUAUGGAUUCAGAUUAAAGUUUUACCAUUGUU